AUGCAGGCUGCAGCGCACGACUGCAUACCAUCACAGAUAAGGUUGGGCUUCUCUAGGUCAGAUUUGGUCCGCAGCGGGUUCCAGCCGCGCCUUCCGACUUUGCUGCCGCCCCCAGGGCAGCAGCAGCAGCCGUCGCCGCUACCACGCCGACAGCCCGUCCCGUUGAUGCCUCCCGCGCAGCUUCAUGCGGGAGCGCCCCGGGUGGUCGCUCCGGCGCCUGCGGUCCCUCUUCAGUCGCCACCGCCUUCGGAGCUGAUGGACGUCGACCCCUCAGCCGGGCCGCCUUCCCAAGCGGUGGCUGUGCAGCCUGUACUGCAGCCGCUUUCCUUGGGCACCCCCAAGGAGUCUGACACCGCAGCGCCUUGUCCGGCGCCCACUCAGCAGCCGUCGACGCAGCGUCAGGAGACGCUGCCUCUCUUCGUGGGUCCCGACGCCCCGUCGCGUCCAGUACCAGAAGCUGCGCCCGUGGUCACAGGCUUGCACCCUGACCUCGGUUUUCAGUCGGUGUUUCCCGAGGCCCCGCGCAGCCAAUGCUGGGGUGCGGACCGGGGACUGCCACCGACAACAGUCUCCGCCCCGACCCCGCCACCUCCUGCCGCCGCUGCCGGUAAUGCGAUUAACGUGGCCGGCUCGCCAGAAGCCCCUCCGGACGGCGCCGCCGCGGCUCCAGUUCUCGACGGGCUGUUGCCGCUUACGUCGUCGCUGUCCGUGUCGCCACCGCCUGCGCUCCGUGUCCACCGACCGCCAUGGCUGCUGAGGAGGAAGGGUGAGUGCUGCCUCGCCACGGCGGACCACUGCCCUGGGGCCAAAGGCCGCAGAAGACCACUGGGGCAUUUACCAGUAGUCGUCCAUUGA